AUGGGUCAAUCUAAUAAUGAUUAUGCAGCCCUGGUGCCAUCUUUAUCAACAAGGAUGUCUAAACAUGCACCAACCAUGGGUCUUCUCGAUUCAAUCAAUCUUCUUUUAGCAUGUAUCAUUGGUUCAGGUAUAUUUAUCAGUGCUAAAGCAGUACUCGAAUAUUCUGGUUCUUAUGGUCUCUCGAUUGGCGUUUGGAUUGGAUGCGGUUUAUUAUGUAUCAUGGGAGCUUUAUGCUAUGCUGAACUUGGCUGUGCAUAUGUAUCAUCGGGUGGUGACUACACAUAUCUUCGUCUAGCGUUCGGUGAUUUCAUGGGAUUUCUUCGUAUUUGGAUUGAAGUUGCAUUAUCACGACCAAUGAUUGUUGUUUUAAGUGUUUUAACAGCAUCAAAUUAUCUUGUUUAUUGGUUUUAUCCAACAUGUGCACCACCUGAAAUCUUAGUUAAAUGUCUAUCAUCAUUUCUUUUACUGAUAGUUGGCUUUAUUAAUUUAACAUCAUCAAUAUGGACAGGUCGUCUUCAUCAAGUAUGCAAUUAUUUUAAAAUUGCUACACUGGUAUGCAUUAUGGGUGCCGGUUUUUAUCGUAUGUAUCUUGGUCGAGUAGAAAACUUUGCUGAACCUUUCGAAGGUUCAACGUAUGGAAAAAUUACAAGUGCAUUAUAUGCUGGAUUAUUUCCUUAUUCUGGAUGGAAUUAUUUAAAUAAUGCAAUCGAUGAUCUUAAAGAUCCAAAACGUACUCUACCACGUGCAAUUAUUGUGUCAUUAUUGAUUUGCAUCUUUGUGUAUUUUCUAACGUUCAGUUCUUAUUUUACGGCAUUAUCUCCAUAUGAUAUUUUAAUAUCUGAUGCAACAGCUGUUAGUUUUGCAGAACGUGUAUUCCCAAUUCUACUAUAUAUUAUACCAAUUGGUGUAACAUUAUCAUGUGUUGGCGCGGCAUCGGGAAAUAUUUUUACUAUUGGACAAAUGUUUAAUGUUGCUGGUCGCGAUGGUUUAAUGCCACAUAUAUUUUCCAUGAAACAUUAUCAAACUGGUGUACCUAUGAUUGCCAUUCUAUGUGAAAUCAUUCUUAGUUUUAUUUUUCUUUUCUUCAUGUCGAAUAUUGGAAAAUUAAUUAUUUGUGUUGGUAUGAUCAAUUGGAUAUGUAUUUUGUUGGCUUCUGUUGGUUUAAUUGUUCUUCGCUACAAGCAUCCGGAUCGUGAACGACCACUUAAAGUGCCGUUAUUUAUUCCGAUUUGCUUUAUUUCAAUUUUAGUAAUACUUAUUGUUGCGAGUGCAUUAACUGAUUUAGAAAAUAUAAGUACAUCUUUACUUCUAUUAGCCACAGCUAUACCUGCUUACAUAUUUGGUGUAGUGUGGAAAAACAAACCAAGUAGUUUUAAUCGUCGAUAUAAUACAUUUGCAAUGAGCUUACAAAAAUUAUUUCAUGUCAUACAUGAUGAGCAUAAUGAUUGA